GGUCGUUUUUGAAAUUGUCACGAUUGUAAUGAAAAUAUCAUAAAAUCGUCGACUGUGAAAUGCACAACUCAACGUAUGCUUGUUUGACGAGAUCGAACGGGGCGAAUCGUUCGGCGACCGACCAGGAAGGCAUUGACCGUCAAAACAGUGGUUUAAUGUUCACUAAAGUUCCAUUGCCAAAAUUAGAAAACGAUUUACAGAACUACAAUUUAAGAUUGGACACGAGACCAAACUCGGAACAAAACAAAGGUAAGCGCACGUUGUCACUUCAUUAAUCGCCUAAAUAGCCGGUACACCUACUUAUAUAGUCUAUACCUACCUACCUAUAUAGUAUUGCGAACAGUGCAAAUUGAUUUUAAUAUUAGUUUUGAAAUUUUAGUUAUUCAACCAAUAAAAUAUAGUGCAAUACGCACGUGCAAUACGACUAAUCUAAAAGUAUAUGGGUACCUAGGUAUGUGUUACUCGAGUCGUACGUUAGUGUGGAAUUUAAAUCUCAAUUACUGCCACGAAAUUAUUAAUCUAUACUCAAACUAUAAUAAUACUUUUGACUGGCGAUUAUAGCUCGAUUAAUAAUCUUAAGUACCUAAUAAAUAAUAAACCAUAUUGAAAGAUCAUAUAUUUGCUAUACCUAAUUUGCAUUAAUUAUUUUUAAAUAACAACUACAAGGUCUUAAUUAAAUUUUACUUUAAUUCUUUAUAAAUACUUAAUUGCAUUUUAUUCGACAGCAGUAUUAUAUACGAAUCGUCUCAAUUUUAAUGAAAUAGUAUAGUCUUACAUUUUAUAUCCAUUAUUAUGGUAACCCAGCAAAAACAAUAAUACAUUUUAAAUUACCAGUUAAAAAUUCCAAAAAUCUAGCGUAGGAGAUAAAAACCGUUUUAUCCAACCAAACGAUUAUAAUAAUGUCUAUGAGCGCUUAAAUCAAAGAAAUAAAUUCUAGUUGGGAGGGGAGGCUUCAACCAAAAUUGUACACAAAGGAAUUCAUGGGAACCUGUACAUACGUAUACAUUGUCCAAUACAAUAACCAACAAUUUAAAACAAUUACAUAACGGAAUAGUCUUAAUGAAUUAUAAUCAUCUAAAUAAAUUUCAGAUACAAAAACGGCGUCAACGAGUAAUUCUCAACAAAAUAAAAGACCGGAAAUACUUCGCACGAUGAGGGGAAUUUAAUCUUUUUCAUGCGCUAACGAAAAACAAUUCUGAGCGGAGUUCGGUUAUACAUGUUUUAAAAGGCCGUAAUAUUUACGAUUUUUGUCAAAAUUUGAUGUUAAAAUUAUUAUUAAAAAAUUUAAAUAAUAAUACUACAUUAAACUCGUUUUGUUCUUGCUGACCACUAAGUAUGAAUUAUAAUGAACCUCAUGUUAAAUUUUCAAACAUUUCUGUUUGGUCUAACAGUUUAAUCCAAAGAGUACCUACCAAAUAAAUAUCAUAUAAAAAAACUCGCAAAAUUAAAAUGUCUAUAAAUAGCUCGAAAAUGGCUCGAAUAUUUUGAAAAUGGUACCACGUCUAUAAAAGGCAAUAUUAUGAACUGAAUUACAACAAAGAACAAACUUGAAAGUAAUAAAAGCAUUAUUUUCGUGAAUUCUCCAGUUUUCCUACGUUUUUUUUCCAGUUAUUAUGAAAACUAUAUUAAAAAUCAUAAAAUUAUCUCAUUAAAGUACCACCCCUAAAAAUUUCCUAUCAGAAAAAAUGCUACACUUGAAAAUCAGAGCAAGAUAUUUGGCAGAAUUUUUGUACACGCUAUUAAAACAAAUAAUAACAAUAAUAAACAUCAUUGUAAAACCAAUACAUUGCUCGCUUCGCUCAGAAUCUAAAUUUAUAACAUAAAAUAUAAUCAUUGACACUACCAGAUUCAUUUAGGUGAACAGGAAAUAUUAAUAAUAACAAUUUCCAUUCAUGUUUUGCACGUUUAAAUGUAUCGAUCGUGUACAAAAUGAGUACUGAGUACCAACUACAUAAUAUUUAUGUCCACGACAACGAUGUACUUAAACCUAAUAAAAAAUUUGAAAAAACCUAGUGUGUCGCGGUACGUCUUACAGAAGUGAGAUAUUUCGCGUAGAAUUCGGUAAGCGCGUAAAAGCUAUUAACGAAAAACUAUUCUUUUUAUAGUUUUCUACUAUAUUUUCCCUAACAUAAAGUUCAUCGUAAUCGUUCAACCGACACAAUUAAAGUCUCAACGCGUUCAUUUUACACCAAGCCUCUAAUUCUAUAUAAACAAUCUAAAACAAAUAAUAAUAAUACGUGCAUUCCGAUAUUUCACCAACACGAUGUAAGAUAAUAUACCUGCCGUAUUAACAACUCGAAAAUAAACAAGAUAGUAUAUCAAGUAAGUCAAGUGCGACACCUCUAGACAUGUCGCAGUUGGCGUACUUCAAAGAAGUCAAGUGCGUCAAGCGAGAGUCUUAGCUCAAUAAAGUGAACCAAGUUCGCGCGUACUUUGCAUAGUUUCAUUAGCAGGCUAGCCCUCCCCCCUCCCCAGCGCACGUGUGUCGUGUUUUGUGCUGUAUCACGUGAUCCGCAAUGCGUGUACGGCCACCUGCAAGUAAGCCCCCUCCCGCUCUUCGUCCGAGCCGCAAACUACUGUGUGCCACCGAGUAAUCCGAUCCGCUCGGGUGAAAAUUAAGGGCUCACGCGUGGCGUUCUUUUACAACGGACGGCGAUGGUGCGUGCAAUUUCUCAAUUCAGAUCGUCCCAUACGUAGUUUAACUUCAAAAAUAUUAUCGAAUAAUUAAUGUUGUACCGUAUAAAUUGGUAAUUAUAGAUAAUUCAAACGAUCAAACGAUAAGACGAUACAGGACAGCGUUCACGCGAGAACAGUUGCUCAGAUUAGAAAAAGAAUUUUACAAAGAGAACUACGUGUCCAGGCCACGAAGAUGUGAGCUAGCCACCGAAUUGAAUCUUCCCGAAUCGACCAUAAAGGUAUGCGAGCUUUCACUAUCUAUUAUACAAUUAGUCUUCUAAAUUUGUUGCGACACAAGAUUUCAUUACAUAAAAUAUUUAAUUUAGUAAUAUUAAUUUGAUGUUUAUCGAUUGAAAAUGGGAACUUUUGAAAUUCAAAUGGUAACUUAUAUUAAAAGUUUAAAGUUCGUGCAUAAUUUAAUCUUACUAAUUACUUAGAUCAUAAACUGUAAUCAUCAAAUAUUAUGCCCUGAUGUUCGAGUAACCAAUCGUCGACAAUUUGUCUCAGCUUAUUUGCGUCCUAGCUAGUGUACAUUAUUUAAUACAAAUAAUCACAUUCUCAGAAUCGAUUUUCUAUCCGCGAUUUAAGGGGAUUGGACGCGACGAGUUACUGUCGUUGUCUUACAUACGUGAGAUAAAGGAAUUUAAUAUUUUAAAUAUCAAUAUUUAAUUAUAUUUUAAUUUUUUGAGAUAUUGCAGUUAAAAAUCAAAAAAGUGGGAAAGUCGAUCUCAAGUUGACAUCACGAAAAAUUCAAAUAUGCUUUCGGAACUCUCAUCGCUUCACUAGAUCAUUCGGUACGUUGGAAAUAAAACACGUCCAAAUCCCUACAUCUCACGUGUGUAAGACAAAGACAGAAACUCGUCGCUUCCAAUCCCCUUAAUAAAUUCGAAUUACUAGUAUAAUACAGUCAUAUAUCAUAACUAGUCAUUCUCGUUUCGUGAUCAAAUUAUCCAUGAAAUCCACUUAUUUUACGUAAAAACUUUUUGGAAUCAUAUAUUCUAAAACGUUACAUUGUGCAUUUCGUUGUUAAAACUAUUGAUUCCCGUCAACCCCGUCGACGACAUUGUCAUUUGAGUGGCGGCACAGCGCGCGGUAUUCGAACAGUACUCUACUAUUAUACGACUCUACUCCUACCCAAACUUAAAAGCGGAAUAACUUGCUGACGGCAGGUUGAUCGAAAUCAAUACUUUUCGCACAAAAAUGCAUUAUAAAUUCCGUUUAUUUAUGGAAUUUAAUAUAUAAGUUUCCGUUUGAAAAUCAUAAUUAGGUAGUCGUUUCACCGCUAAAAAUACGGGUGACAAUAAUUAGGGACAAUGUAAUGUUUUUGAGUAAAUGAUACCAAAAAGUUUUUACGUGGGUCAUUUUUUUUGAAAAAAUAAGUAUUUCGUGACAAAUUUGACUGCGCCACGAAAUUUGAAUGGCCCGGAUAUACACCGAAUUUUCAUCUUCAAUAAUUCAUGUUUUAAUUUUUCGAAACAAGGUGAGGGAUAUUUUUGAUAUGUACGAUUAGAAUUCAUGAAUCGGGUGAACGCGAUUUUCUCCGGUUUGUGUUAUCAGCACACUCUUGAAAAUCGUAUUUCUGGUUACUGAUUUCAGGUUUGGUUUCAAAACCGUCGGAUGAAAGACAAACGACAAAGGAUCGCCAUGGCUUGGCCGUACGCCGUGUACACGGACCCGACGUUCGCGGCCACGGUUCUACAAGCGGCCGCGGCCAGCGCACACGCCAACGGCACUUUGCCCGACAUAGCUGCCAUAGCCAACGCUUACCAGUACUCCGCGGCUGCGGCGGCCGCGGCCGCGGGUCCGUCUUACUUCCACGGCACCGGUGGUCACGGCGGCGGCGGCGGCGAUUACGGUAAGUUUCAGCCGCAGCAUUAUGUUGGUCCGAUGACGGUUCCGCCGCCCGUGCCUGGAGUGGCGACGCAGGCGCUGCAGGCGUUGGUUAAGAAGCCGUUUGGCCCGUUCGUGGGCCACCAUCACCAUCACCAUCAUCAGUUCAUGGCCGACGCUUCCGCGGCCGAGUCAAACACCGGUCACCAUCACCUGGUGGCGGCGACGUCUGUCGGUUACGACAACAAUAAGACGGCGACUGGAGAUCACAAAGCGAUAGCCGCUGCCGGCGCGGCGGACAAUUGCAACAAGACGCCGCCGUCGUCAUCGUCGUCGUCGUCGGCCGCAGACGCAGCCGACUUUUUGGGCCCGUCCGCCGGCACGAGCUGCAAAUGCGGCAUAGUCGACUGCGUGUUGACCACCAGCGGCAAGUCCACGAACAGCGUGGACGGCGGACGCGGCGCCGGUAUGAGCGCCUCGUCCACGCCGCCGGCCACCGCGGUCGAUCGUUUGCCUGCGCCGCCGCAGCCAUCACAGCCGCCGCAGCCGCCGACUUCCAUGUCGUUCUUCAUGACUUCCGGCGGCGGACCGGAGACCGGCAGGGACGACCUUCAGUCGGCCGAAUGUUCGUUGGCCGUCCACAAGCACGUCUACCACAAGGAGUACGCCAAAAACAAACUAUUUCAGCCUUACAAACCCGACGUGACGACCGCUAAACUCAAUUUGUAGAGCGCAUUUUACACACAAUGAUAUCACAUUUACACCGUAACGACACAAUCCCUGUGCGCCUGCAGUUCUGUUCGAAAAUAUUAUCAAGCUAACCUCACUGCAGGUGUAUGUAUGUAACGUGUAUAUCUGCAGUGGCUUAGUGCAAGAACGGCCAAUGUGUGAACAGAUUUAAAAAAUUAAAAAAUUAAACUAAUUGGAAAUUGAAAAAAAAAAUAAUGCAAUUAUUUUUUCCUUUCACAUUGGCCGUGCUUGCAAUAUUCUAAUAUUAUAGGUACCGAACUAUAUUGUAUUUUUAUUAUUAUCACUAUUAUUAUUACGUACAGGGUGUGCAAAGUAUCUUUUAUAUAUGUCACGGCGAUAAAGGGUUCGGCCACGCAUUCGGUUUCUCCGUGAAUUACAAUAUUAUUACGGUAACGAAAUAAAAUGUCUCUCGAGGGACGAACGCGAAAAAAAAUCUCGUAGAGGAUUUUUAAGUACGAAUUAAAUGGUGAUUAAUAUUUUAGAAGUGGUCUGUCCCCUUCCCCUCCCACUUGUAUCUAAAUCCAAAGUUUCAAUUUCCCGUACCGUUUGAUUAGAAUUUUUUUACUAGGUUUCACCUAGGUUAGUAUAAAUAGAUAGUUCGGUUUGGACGUACAUCAAACAUAUAAUAAAAUUAUAUUGUCCAAUAUUCCAAUCAUCAAUUUUUUAUUAGAUAUUUGGACCAUUAUGAACGUUAAAUUAUUUCAACAAUACAGGCGGUCAUAAAUUCUCGAUAAGACACUAAAUAUCUCGACAUUUUUAGACAAGCAUCUCGAAAAUGUUACAUUACCGUUAUUUUUGGUCGCCCUUAUUCCAAAAAAAAAAUCAAUUCUCUCCGAUAUAACGAGUGUUUUAUCGCGGAUCGAUCACUCUGUAUGUACGUCAGAGGAUUUAUCAGCGGGCCCACUCGACCCUCUUAUACCGAUUUACACCCGGGCAAAUAGAAUGACCCGUUAAUUUCGAUUCCCGCCAAAUUAUCCGGGACGUAUCGUCACGAGAUUAAAUGGUUUUAAUCUUAAACGCUAUACAUAUAUUAUUAUACCUACAUUUAUUAUAUCCGUUGAAAUUUCGUAUAUGGUGGGUAUCGGAAAAAGCCUAUAGAUCGGCGGACAUAGAAGAUAUGGGUUUUUUUUUUUUUUUUCAAAAACCUAUAUACGCCCCGCGGGAAAAAAUGCUUAUUAUAAUGCCUCUGGUUGAAAGCGUUAAAAAAUUAAAAAUUAAAAAAAAUUACGUUUUCAAAUUUCGGAUCGGGCAUCCUUUUCGUUUAUAUCGGUAGAUACCUUUAUAGUAAGUAUCGGGUGUCGGGGAAAAAUCAUAUCGGCUCGCCGGUACUAACUGAACACAACGGUGUGCGGAUCGAAUACGAAUUUCGGGAUGAUUAUAGACGUUUGUCUUAGGAACAAUAAUAAUGUUGAAGUCUAUAGAAUGCGUGCGUCGGACUAUUGUAGAUUUUCAUUUUGGUACGGGCACCUAAUAUUACGACGGGUAAAACACGACUGUUAUCGGUGAUACCUUUUGAAGCUACACGAUUGGCGUACGGCGUUACCUAAUAUCUUCGGUUACCUACACGAUUGUGUGCGAAAUUUUAAUCGCCGUUGCCAAUUUCCACACCGGUAUAUACCACACGAGUGAACUAGAAUUAACAAUGCAUAAAUACUUUUCGUUUUUUCAUGAACGUUCAUUGUUAACGAUAUCAACGCAACAUCGAAUACAUCUCAAUAUGCCGAAAAUUUCGCUAUUUCAAAUAUAACGUAUAAUAGGUAUUUUCGGUGUUUCGCAGUUGUCGUUGAUCGUGACGAUCAACGACGGUAACGCCGAUUGUACAAUAUUGGUUGAUAACGGGGGAUAAAAUAAAGAAAAUGGCAAAAUAGUAUUGCGUUCGAAUUCAAAGUAUCAUAAAUAUUAUAAAUGCAUUGCAAUUUUUAAAAAUUAUAAUAGGUUAUUGGUGUUCAGAUAUUAAAAUUUAAGUAUUUUAAAAUAAUUAAUUUUUUAACUAGGAUUUAAUUUAAUUUAAUAAUUACUUUAUUAGUAAUAAAUAUUCCACAGUUCAGAUAAAAUUAUCGUAUUGGAUAGUUAACUAUCGAGUGUAUAGUAUAAUAUACAUUUGACAACGUUGCACACAAAUGAGUACGCAAUCGUGUUGAUUUUUUUUAUUUUUUUUUUUUUUUAUUGUAUUCUUUAGGCUAUCUUCAAAAACGUACGCAAUCGUGUUCUACCCGAUAUACCAUAACGGUCAACGAUAUUUACCGAUAAGAGUUAUUUUACCGCAAUUCACGCGAAUAUAUUUAACAAUACUCAAUUUGAUAAUCCAUUAAUUUAUUUAAUCGAACAGAAAAAAAAAAAAAAAAAAAAAAAAAAAAAAAAAACGGACCCCCGAUGUAAACAUAAUUUUUUUUUUUUUGUAAAUAUAUUAUUAUAGUAGGUAUAAAUAGUGACGUAGCGGCAAUGCAAUUAUAUAUUAUAAUAUAUAAUACCGAUCGUGUAUAAUUAAUAAUUAUUGUUAUUAUGACAAUAUCAAUCGAAAUGAGUAUUGAUUUGGUUGGUUAUAUAAAAUUAAUAUUUACUUAUGCUCG